CUUAAUUCAGUCUAGAAUAUUUUCCGGCACGAGAUUAAAAUUUAUAAAAUAAAAAUACUAUAAUACAGAAUGUGGCCAUUAGUUUACGGAUUUUUAAGAUCAAAUGCAAGAUAUGUUGUGUUUCCAGUGGCUGUCGUGAUUGGUGUUAUUGGAUAUAAUGUUGAAAAUCUAGUGUCUUCAAAAUAUACACCCUACAAUCAGAGCAUAAUACAGCAAAGAAUCGAAAGACAAACAUCAGAGGCUGAAUUAACAAAGAUCAAUAAUGCUACUUAUGAAAAUGUCUUGGAGAAGAAUUUAUCGGAAAGUUUGAGGGCUAAGAAGUGAAGAAUAGAUUCUGUACAUAAGAUUGAUUUACUUAAGUUAAUAAAUUGUAUAGCACAGUAAUGCUUCUUUAAUAGG